AGAUGUAAGACAAGAAAAAAGCAAGUUUGUAACUGAAAAAAAAGCCUGUGAAGUCGGUUUGUAAAAUGGCUGCGAAACAAGAGGUUGAUGUUCUCUUGUACAAGCUGUCUAAAGCGGGAGAUAGCAACAUACCAACACUUCUUUUACAGAUAGAACAGCUGCUGGAACAGCAUGAUAACAGGGAGAUCAGAUCACUGCUCUGGGAGAACGAGAUCAUGAGCACCAUGACGGAUGUGAUAAAACAAGAUUUUGAGGGGUUGAGGGUGCCCUGGAGCACGGCUACUAAACUCUGCACUCUCCUAGCUAAGUGCUGCAUGGGCUUCACUCAGUCACAGGAGUUUUCUGGUGUUUUCCUCCCUUUGGUGGUCGAUAGUUUCAUGGAACUAGCCAAUAACAUUCAAGGACUUGUAUCUCCAGACGAGGAAGACUUCAGACAAUGUCUGGAAUGUGUGUUCUGGUUGGUGGACUACUCCCCCUCCCUCGGACAGACCAUCAUUGAGUCCCCGAGACUCCUUACCAUGCUCAUGACUGAGAGCAGUGUGGGUAUAGACAUGUGUUUAUUGAAGUUACUGAGAGUAGUGCUGACCCAAUCUACUGCUGCACGGUACUACAUUGAACGUGAUAAACUUCUGGUGAUAUUUGACGAAGUAAUGCUGAAGAUGACAGAACAAGAUAUUCCGGCUCUACAACAGAUUGGAGCUGAUGUCAUCUACCAGGCUGCCAAACGACAUCAACCUUUCAGAAGUAUACUGCUGGAGAACGGAGAAGAGGUGGUGGAUUUGUUGGAGGUUAUCAACACAGCUCCCGGUGCCCACGAUAACAUUAACAUGCUACUCAAGUGA